CUUGUUUGGUGAAUAAAAAAUAAUUUAUAAGUUAGCUUUUUAAAAUACUAUUUAUACUAGUUUUUUUAGGAGUUUUUUCAAAAAAUUCGAAUACAACCCUUAAUUAAUUUUAGAAACAAAUUAUUUUAAAUGUAAUUUUAAAUAUUUCAGCCGUUUUAACAAACAUCAUUUUUAUCAACUAGUUUUUCAACAAUCAACUAGUUUUUCAACUAUUACGUGGGAUUGGGAUAGAGACUUAACAUAGUCUUAAACACCAAUUAAAGAAGAAACGUAAUGUUUGGUGAUUCAAUCGUUUAAAUACUUGAUUUUUAUGUCCCUUAUUUAAUUAAAAAAAAAUUACGAUGAUGAUAUAGAAACAGAAAUAUCAUGAAAAUGAAAAUAAGGAAAUGUAAUAUAAAAAAUUUGGUAGAUAUUAUAAAUAUAUUUAUUCACUCUAGGGAAAAGAGAAGAGGAGCGACUAGUAUGUUUUAGGUUGGAGUUUCGAUUAGUAAGAAAAAAAGGGAUUUGUUUCUUUACUGCUUACUCUUAUCUCUCUAUCAGCGGUUCCACUCCUUGUAGAUUUGAUAUAGGUGGGGAGCCUCUUUCCAUUUCACAAGCCACAAAUCUUCAAAAAAGAUUGUGUUUUCCAUCUGGGUUUCUUUUUUUCAUAAUCUUUUAUGUUAAAGCUCUGUUCUUGAUCUGCAACUAGCUUUUCAAGAAAAGAAACGCAAAAGAUGGGGGAAGAGAAGCCUGAAGUUCUUGAAGCUGUGUUGCACGAGACUGUAGAUUUGGAAAGUAUACCUAUUGAGGAAGUUUUCGAGAAUCUGAGAUGUAGUAAAGAGGGUCUUACGAGUACUGCUGCUGAAGAAAGAUUAGCCAUUUUUGGCCAUAAUAAACUCGAAGAGAAGAAGGAGAGCAAAUUCUUGAAGUUUUUAGGGUUUAUGUGGAACCCAUUAUCAUGGGUUAUGGAAGCUGCUGCUAUAAUGGCUAUCGCCCUUGCUAACGGAGGAGGAAAGCCUCCAGAUUGGCAGGACUUUGUGGGUAUCAUCACUUUGCUGAUUAUCAACUCCACCAUUAGUUUCAUAGAAGAAAACAACGCCGGUAAUGCUGCGGCGGCCCUCAUGGCCCGCCUUGCCCCAAAAGCCAAGAUUCUACGAGAUGGACGAUGGAACGAGGAAGACGCCGCGAUGUUGGUCCCCGGAGAUAUAAUCAGCAUUAAACUCGGCGAUAUUGUUCCCGCUGACGCUCGUUUGCUCGAUGGCGACCCUUUAAAGAUCGAUCAAUCAGCGUUGACCGGGGAAUCACUUCCGGUGACAAAAGGCCCAGGAGACGGUGUGUAUUCCGGUUCCACUUGCAAACAGGGUGAAAUUGAAGCGGUUGUGAUUGCAACCGGAGUUCAUACUUUCUUUGGAAAGGCUGCUCAUCUUGUCGACAGCACAAAUCAAGUUGGUCACUUUCAGAAAGUGUUGACUGCAAUCGGGAAUUUCUGCAUCUGUUCAAUUGCGGUUGGAAUGGUGAUUGAAAUCAUUGUAAUGUUUCCGAUUCAAGAUCGCCAAUACAGACCCGGAAUCGAUAAUCUCCUUGUUCUCCUCAUCGGUGGAAUCCCAAUUGCCAUGCCGACUGUUCUUUCUGUAACAAUGGCAAUCGGGUCUCAUCGCUUAGCUCAGCAGGGAGCAAUAACAAAAAGAAUGACAGCGAUAGAAGAAAUGGCAGGCAUGGAUGUCCUUUGCAGUGAUAAAACCGGAACUUUGACUCUCAACAAGCUUACUGUUGAUAAAAAUCUAAUCGACGUAUUUGCCAAAGGAGUAGAUGCAGAUACUGUUGUCCUGAUGGCAGCUCGAGCAUCAAGAACUGAAAACCAAGAUGCCAUUGAUGCUGCCAUUGUUGGCAUGCUUGCUGACCCAAAAGAGGCUCGAGCAGAUGUUCAAGAACUGCAUUUUCUACCUUUUAAUCCUACGGAUAAGCGGACCGCGUUAACGUAUUUGGACAAUCAGGGUAAAAUGCAUAGAGUUAGCAAAGGGGCCCCAGAACAGAUAUUAAAUCUUGCACACAACAAAUCCGACAUUGAACGCCGAGUCCAUGCGGUCAUCGAUAAGUUUGCAGAGCGUGGUCUUCGAUCACUCGCUGUCGCAUACCAAGAGGUUCCGGAAGGACGAAAAGAGAGCCCGGGUGGGCCAUGGCAGUUCAUCGGUCUCAUGCCGCUGUUUGACCCGCCACGUCAUGAUAGUGCGGAAACGAUUCGAAGGGCUUUGAAUCUUGGAGUGAAUGUGAAAAUGAUUACGGGUGAUCAGUUAGCAAUCGGGAAAGAAACCGGGAGGCGUCUUGGAAUGGGAACGAAUAUGUAUCCAUCUUCUGCUUUGCUCGGUCAAAAUAAAGACGAGUCGAUAGCCGCGUUACCAAUCGAUGAACUCAUUGAGAAAGCCGAUGGUUUUGCUGGUGUUUUCCCUGAACAUAAGUAUGAAAUAGUGAAGAGGUUACAAGCAAGGAAACACAUAUGUGGGAUGACUGGAGAUGGAGUAAAUGACGCUCCUGCCCUUAAGAAGGCGGAUAUUGGGAUUGCUGUGGCUGAUGCAACUGAUGCAGCCCGUAGCGCAUCUGACAUAGUCUUGACAGAGCCCGGGCUAAGUGUCAUUAUCAGUGCGGUUUUGACCAGCCGGGCUAUUUUUCAAAGGAUGAAAAAUUACACAAUUUAUGCGGUUUCAAUCACUAUUCGUAUCGUGCUCGGUUUUAUGCUGUUGGCCUUGAUAUGGCGGUUUGACUUCCCGCCUUUCAUGGUGCUUAUCAUCGCUAUACUCAACGACGGAACCAUAAUGACUAUAUCAAAAGAUCGAGUGAAACCUUCUCCUCUCCCCGAUAGCUGGAAAUUAGCUGAAAUUUUCGCAACUGGCGUCAUUCUUGGUAGUUACUUAGCCAUGAUGACCGUUAUAUUUUUCUGGGCUGCUUAUAAAACAGACUUCUUUCCGCGUACAUUUGGCGUGCCUACACUUGAGAAAACCGCUCAUGAUGACUUCCGGAAGCUUGCAUCCGCGAUAUACCUCCAAGUCAGCACAAUCAGCCAAGCCCUAAUUUUCGUGACUCGGUCCCGCAGCUGGUCGUUUGUCGAACGCCCCGGUUGGCUUCUUGUUAUCGCGUUUGCGAUCGCCCAAUUGAUUGCUACAUUAAUUGCGGUUUAUGCCAAUUGGAGUUUUGCUGCGGUUGAAGGUAUCGGUUGGGGAUGGGCGGGUGUAAUUUGGCUCUACAAUAUCAUCUUCUAUUUCCCGCUUGAUAUUAUAAAGUUUUUUAUUCGAUACGCGCUUAGUGGAAGGGCAUGGGAUCUUGUUAUUGAGAAUAGGAUUGCGUUCACGAGACAGAAGGAUUUCGGUAAGGAACAACGUGAGCUCCAGUGGGCCCAUGCGCAACGGACCCUCCACGGGCUUGAAGUUCCCGACACCAAAAUGUUUGGUGACCGGACGAAUGUAACCGAGCUUAACCAGAUGGCUGAGGAAGCCAAACGGAGAGCCGAGAUUGCAAGGUUGAGAGAGUUGCAUACGUUGAAGGGCCAUGUUGAAUCGGUAGUUAGAUUGAAGGGUCUUGACAUUGAAACGAUUCAACAAGCGUACACCGUUUGAUGCACAAGGUACAAGCAGCAUGCGGAUGGGGUUAGUUUGUGAGAUAGUUAAGUAUGAAACGGUUGGUUGGUUGUUUAUCGUGCGGUUAUUUAUUUUAUUAUUUUUUGUUUUUAUGGUUUUGGCUUUGGCUCGUGAUCCCAUGUGUACUUGUGAACUGGGAAAAGAGAGAAAACCUUUUAUGGCGUAAUUUGUUGUGCAUAUGAAGAUAAGGCUUUUGGCUUCUUAGUAAUUACAUUUACAGCCUAUAUGAAGCAUACAUACAUCAUACUAACAAAUCAAGGCUUAUUUUACAAAAAACAGGAUUUCACAUGGUUAAUUGAUCCUAUGUUUCCUUAACAAUUUACGCAGGUUGUGACAACAUAAUACUACACUGAUUUCAGUAGUUUUACCAAUUUCCACAAGCUUAGUUCCAAU